AUGGGCGUCCAAGUAAGCCGAGACCUCUUCUUGGACAAUCAUCGCCAGACUUUACGCUACAGUAGUUCUGAGGUUCGCCAGAGAGUCUUUCAUUCACUGGAUCCCUCAACCCACCUUGUUCAAGUCUAUCUUCAAAAGCUCCGUCUCUCUGAUCUACUACCCACAGAUCCACCACUCCCAGACUUACUGUGUUCCCGCCCUCGUCCCCAAAACACAUUUCAUUCUAUUCAAUCCACUGGUUUGUCCUCUCCCUCAUGUAGCUUAUCAAUCCCUUCCGUAUCUUCAUCUCUCUCGUCAGGCCAUUCUAUGACCACAACAAACACUACCACAACUGCUGCCACAAGCAACAUUUCUUCUAGUCUUCAAGGAAAUAUUACUCGAUUGACACCACGAGUAUCACAAUUGCGGGCACCGAGUGAAUUUGAACGAUUGUUCUUGCUUGCCCAUGCAGGUCAUAUCGAGGCAUUUUACCCACUCGGUUUAUGCUAUCUUCAUGGUUGGACACCCGACCACCAUGCAGAUUUUAUAGAAGCUUUGGCAUGGUUUGAACAAGCAGCUGACAAACAAGAUGAUUCAUCGGUAAGGGCUAUGGCACAGUACCAAGUUGGAAUUCUACUUGCUAUUGGCAAUGGUAUACGUCCCAAUAUACCAAAGGCACUCGAAAUAUUACAUAUGGCGGCUAUUAUUAAUCCACAAGCUCAAUACGCUCUCGGACUGUAUUGCGAGCGAGAUCUAUUAACGCUGGUUCCCUCGGUGGAUCGAAGAAUGCGGGCCCGCACGUGGUACGAAAGAGCAGCUAAGCAAGGUCUGUCUGAUGCCCAGACUGGGCUUGCGAUGCUUUUGCUUCAGUAUGUUGACACAUGGGUUGAUGAAUCAUUGCUCUUGUCCGCUGAAGACCAGCGUCAGGUUUUGGUGAAAAGUGCAAUACACUGGCUUACUCUUGCCUCCGAACAGGACAAUAUAAGAGCUUUGCUGCAACUCGGAUCUCUUUACGAACAAGGCGACCAUGUACCACAAAAUCAUCGCAAAGCCUUAUGCUGUUACGAGCAAGCAGCAUCCAUAAAACAGGCGUCAUCUAACGCUACGGCCUUAGCUCACUAUUUGGUAGGCAUAAACUACCGCUUUGGGCAACUGGGGACGACGGUGGAUCUGUCGCGUGCCCUUGACCACCUCGGACAAUCCGCAAAUAAAGGCUAUGCUCCAGCACAACGCGCGCUUGGGAUGAUGUAUGCAGAAGGUAUUGGGGUAUCUUGCGACAAGCAACAAGCACAUGCUUUGUAUACCAAGGCAGCAUGCCAGGGAGAUCUGCGGGCCCUGGGGCUCCUAUGCCAGCAACGUGGCCAGGGUCGCGACUGUCUUAUUGGCCUCGAAGAUGCCCUUGCUCUCUAUGGCGUGGCCGCACAAGCCGGCUCUAUUACCUUUCAAAUGGUCCUGGCAGAUAUUUAUCAACAGCAGGAGAAGUGGUCGGAUGCCUUUUUUUGGUAUAAACGCGCAUCUAAAGAGAGCGAUAUUACUGUCAAUAUGAUUUAUGGUGACAUUGCUCUUGCUACAGAAAAUGUUUUGAGAAGCAAGAAACUCUUGAAUACAACUGUGUAUGAAGAACGCCAAAGACAAAAGGCUCGAUUAAUGGUUGGACGCUACCGAAUAUUGGGCCUGUGUACUCCAAAGGACCCUGGAGCUGGCUUUAAUCAACUAUUGACAUUGGCAAAUGAAGGCUAUGAUGAAGCAUAUUAUUGGCUUGGUGCGUGUUACGAAGAAGGUGUUCGGAAUGAUCACAGGCGGCAUAAAGAUUUUGUCGUUCAGCCUUGUCUGACACGCGCGUUUGAUUAUUACAAAAAAAGUGCGCUCAUGGGUCACGUAGACGGUCAAUUCCAGACAGCACUCAUGUUGGCCAAUGGACUAGUGCAGAACAACAAGAUUAUUUUGAAAAAGAAUGGCGUCGAAGCAUUUUUAUGGUAUACCAAGGCAGCUGAGAGUGGCCACUGCACAGCUCUUUAUAGUCUCGGUCUCUAUUACCUUUAUGGUAUGGCCCCAUUAACACAAAUCGAUCAUCGCAGGGCUCAAUCGAUUUUUGAGCAGGCAGCCAAACAGAAUAACCCUGACGCCAUGGUGCAACUCGCUAAAAUUCUACUCGACCCUAUCUCAAACUACCCCUCUCGUCAUCCUGAAGCUAUUGCAUGGCUCAAAAAGGCGGCCGAUGAACAUCACAAUCCAGAAGGUUUAUGUGCAAUGGCCCAAGUGUACGAGACUGGUCGUGGGCUUAGUCCAUUAAAUACACCCGAGGAGCAAACGGAGCGACACCGUGCCGGUUUUUGUUUAUUGGAAGAAGCCGCCUCCCGAGGAUUCCCCAAGGCCUGGUGUGAGAUUGCUCGUUAUCAUGAACACGGCUGGUCCGUCCCUCGCAGUACCGUCACUGCUCUUGAAUGCUUGGAAAAAGCGGAGAAACUAGGUUAUGCAAAGGCUGGUCUGUUAUGGGCAGAUUUACUGGAAAGUACUGGGAAAAGCACUGGGCUUGCUCACUAUGAUCGGCUGAUUACCCAACACCCAUUAUUGAGUCAAGUUGGCUGGUUGGCUCGUUUGGCUAAAGCAAAGCUAAUAUUGAAAGGCAGGGGAAGCACUGAGGAUGAACGAGAGGUACGGUCGUAUCUGCGUGACAUGACAGAACAAAACGCAAAGAAGGAGGCUUUGGUGGAGCCGUUUGAAAUGUUGGGUGCAUUGUGUGAAACACAAAACCUAGACCUGGAGGCCAUGACGUGGUACGACGCUGCCCUAGAUACGCUACAUCCUGCAACACAUUGGAUACAGAUACGCGCACGGUUUCACCUUGCAAAACUAUGCGUUAGACAUCAAUUGAACUCCAAAGCAUUGGGGCUUGCAAGGCAGCUAGAGCCUUUUUUAACAGAUAUGAACCAGCACAAUUCAGAAACUCGUCGCCAAGCACGGGAGACCCGUUAUUUACUUGGAUGCUUACUGGAAACUUCGGAUCCAGUCUCCGCCAAGCGGUGGUUCUGUCAGGCUGCAGACGAGGGUGAGGGAGCGGCUGCGUACAUGCUUGCCAAAAUGGCUAUAGACAAUGGUAAAGAAGAGGAGGCAAAGGAGCGAUACGAACAAGGCGUCUCUGCGGGACAUGCAUCCUGCAUGCGAGCAUAUGCCCUCUUAUUGGCUCAGGAAAAUUUCCAAAACGGAGGGUGGGACGGACGUGAGACGAUCGAAUGGCUCGAACGUGCUGCUCACUUGGGUGAUGUUGAAUCUCUUGUUGAGUUAGGAAACAUCUAUCAACAAGGUAUUUGGGUUGAUAAAGUAGAAGCAGAUCGUGCACUUGCUUUUUUCCUAUCAGCAGCUCAACAUGGUAAUUCUCUCGCCAUGGUCAGGGCAGCAGAACUCUACCACUGCAGGGAGGAUUAUCGUGAAGCAGCAGCAUGGUUUAGUAAAGCAGAUACACGCCUGGCGCAGGUUAUGCUCGCCUCCUAUCGCCUCCAAGGCCAUGCCUUGCAGCAGGAUGACCUCUUGGGAUUCUUGGAUCUAUGUCAUGCCACUCGCUCUCCGCCGGUUCUGAAGGAUGGAGAUGAUAUUAAAGCAUAUGGCGUGGGGUGCUAUUUAUUGGGCCAAUGUUAUGAAUUCGGCCGAGGGACUGGAUCCUUGUCAAACGUGAGCGAAGCCAGAAAGUGGUACCAAAAGGCGGCCAAUACAGCUCGGCAUACAGACGCAAUGUGGCGACUUGGUGUGAUUUGCAGUGAUGAAAAAGUCUCCUUGGAGUGGUAUAGGAAAGCAGCCGAACAAGGACAUUGUGAAUCACAGUAUCAGAUGGGUCUGUACCAUGGCCAGGGGUGCGCAGGUCUUGACCAGAACACGGUUGCAGGCCGUAAAUACCUCGUCAAGGCAGCCAGGCAGGGUCAUGCCAAAGCCAAAUAUGAGCUCGCACGUGUGCUUUUUAGCCAGGGAGACUACUACACUGCAGUUCAACUCUACCGAGACGCCACCCUUCAAAAGGUUCCCGAAGCACUUCGGGAACUUGGACAUCUCUAUCACCAAGGGCUGUAUUCAAAGACUAACACUAUAUUACCGCAAAGUUACACAACUGCAUUUGAGCUUUAUUAUGAUUCCGCAUUAUUGGGUGAUGGUAUGGCAGCAUUAAUGGUUGGUUCGUACUUUGAGAAUGGAUAUGCUGAGUCAAUCGAAAAAGACAGCACUAAAGCAUUGGAAUGGUACGAGACUGCCUCCGAAUUCAAUUGUGGGCCAUUGGCAGAUUUGGCUAUUGGCAAUAUAAAACACACAAUGGCAGAAAAAAUAGAAGAUUCUACAGAAGCUGACACUUGGCGUGAUGAAGCCUAUAAGCGGUUCUUGGCAGCCUCUCAGCAAGAUGGAUCCCAACGGGAGGAUGCUAGUUUGAUGGUAGGCUUAUAUCAUCUUCAUGGAUGGGGUCACAGUCAACCUAAAGAUCCGGAUCGAGGGUUCAAAUGGCUGUUUUCUAUGGCCCAGCGAGGAGACAUUGGAGCAUUUGUACAAGUAGCCAAGUGCUAUGAGAAAGGGUUUGGUGUAGAACAAGAUAUGCGCAAGGCUUUAGCAUAUUGGGAGAUGGCAGCGGAAUUGGAGGACAAGGAAGCUCUUUUGCGAUUGGGCGAUUAUCAUCAACAAGGUUUGGUAGGCCCAGUAGAUCUGGUCAAAGCACGACAAUACUCUGCCUUUGCGGAAGCACUCGAUACUACAACACGGUCUGAAACCUCUUAUUCGCCCCCGCCGUCUUCUUUGUCGAUUUCUUCAUACUAA